AUGGACCAAGACUAUAAACCCAUCGAUAUUGAUUAUUUUACAUAACAAAUACAUAGUCUAAUAUUAGAAUGCAAAUAAAGUCAUAACUUUGAUAUUAAUUUGUUUGUCCAAUUUGCAUCGUAUUUAUUAAAAUUAAUUUGAUUUAUAGCAAAACAAGAAAUUAAAUUAACAACACUUCUAAUUCAAAAUAAGCAUGUUUUCUGAUCGUUAUUUAACUAUAAAAAUGCUUACUCUAAAUAUUUGCACAAUAAUUUUAAAAUAAACCUGAAUUAGAUGAAUUUUUUGAUGCUUUUAAGGAAUAUGAAACAGCUGCUAAAUAUCUUAAUCUUGCUUGCUAUCAUAUUGUAAAUAUCAUUUCUUUAUUUAGUUUUAAAACUUAAGUUAAAAAGAAAAGUUUAUUUUUUGGAAGAUUGCAGUUUGUAAAAUAAUUAAAGAUAAUAUCGAAAAUAUUAGAUCACGUAUUUUUACUAGUUUGGAAGAUCUUCUUGAUUAAAUUUAUAAGAAAUAAGAGUCAGAAUAUGUUCAUAAAGUAUAAGAAAAGGAAUUGAAAUAAGAUAGAGAAAAUCUUAAAAAAAAAUUUUUUAAUCAUUUAUAAAUUCUAUUAGGUUUUUCUAUGAAUGAAAAUUUAAUUUAAAAUGACAUAAAUGUUUUUGAUGACUUAUGUUAGAGGUUAUAUAAAUUUAUUAAGAAUGAAUAUGAAUAAAAAUUUAAAAGAUGGUCUUAAGUUUAUUCAGUUAAAGAUUAUCUAUGCUUAGUUGAAAGAGAAUUCGAAAUUAAUGAAUAGUUGUUUAGUUGUUUAAAUAAUAUUUAAUAAUUUAAAUCUCACUAUUUAAAUAUAUUCAGAAUUAUUUAUGAAAAUUUGGUAUUUAAGUAUAAGGAUGUAGUUUUAAAGGAUGAAAGAGGUUUUAUAGGUUUACUAAAUGAAUUCUUUUCACAAUAAGAUUAAUUUGAUGAAGCUGUUAGUGGAGAAAUAAUUUAAAUUUUAAGAGUUUAUUCAAGAUUUUAAGAUUAAGAGCAAUAUUUUAAAGAUUUUAAAUAAAAGUUUUAAUAAUUUGUAAGGGAGAAUAUAGAAUAAUAAUAUAAAAAAUAAACUUUGCAUCAUGAAUUAGAAAAAUAGAAAUCAAAAUAUAAAUCUUUAGUAAAAAUUUUGGGUGAUAUUUAUGAUAAAUUUGAUAAUUUAAUUAGAAUGUGUUUUAAAGAAAGUGAUAAUUUUAAUGGUAGAUAUGAUCUUGAAAUGAUUGUUUAAUCUGAAUUGAAAUUAUUUUUUAUUAAUUUAGAACAAGUAAGGAAAUUUAAAUUUAUAAAAAGAGUAUUCAGUUAACUUUAAAAUUAUGUGAUUAUGUACAUGAUCUUAUGAUGUAGUUAGCAAAAUCAGAUGAUUAAUCAUAAAUAAAAGAUAACUAAGAAGAGAUUUUAAAAGUAUAAAAAUGUUUAUUACCUUCUGUAAAAGAUUUUGAUUAUUAUUUAAUUGUAAGAUUUUUAAUAUUUUAUCUUAGAUUAAUAAUUAUAGGUUAGCCUCAAGAUUGUUAAAUUAUCUUAUAUUUUUUGAAAAAUAACAUGCAUUAUAUCAUUUGGAUAAUGAAUAGUAUAUACUUGAUUAAAUGAAAUAAUUUUGUGGUGAAAAAAAAUUAAAAAAAAUUAACAAAAUGAUUUCUGAAACUAAAGAUCUUUUGAAUAAAAAAAUAGCAAUAGAAUUUAGAGAGGAUUUAACAGAGAUUAUAUUAAUUAAUAAAAAAAAAUGGCCAAAACUAUAUAAUAAUGAUCAAAAUGUGUUUUAAGAAUUGUAAAUUUUUAAACAAUAAUUUAUAACCAAACGUUAAAAUUAUAAUGCUAGAGAAAAUUCUAUUAAAAUUGAAUUUAGUGAUACAUUAUCUUUUGUUGAAAUUUAUUGGUCUGAAGUAGAGAAGACUCUAAUUAUUAAUUGUGUUUAGGCAGCAAUUUUAUUUUUAUUUAAUGAAGAUGAUGAUAUGAGAACUUUAAAUGAGAUUGCUGAAUCUUUAAAAUUAGAAACACAUUAAGUACUCUUUUAAUUAGAAAGAUUAGUAAUUUUUAUUAUAAAUUUAGGUUGCUUAAAAAAUAUUAUGGAAUGAUAAAGAUAGUUAUUUUUUGAAUAAUUCUUAAAUUGAAUAAGAAGUUAAAGAACCUUUGAUUGUUAUAGAUCAUAAUAUUUAUGAGAAUUAGUAAUAUAUGAAUGAAUGUAAAUAUUAAUUUCAAAUUUAAGUCAAACCGCUUUAUGAUAAAACCCAAGACCUUAAAUUUCAAUUGGAUGCUUUUAUUAUGAAAAAUUUAAAAAUUGAAAAAUAAAUGAAUCAUACAAUUUUGUUUGAUUUAGUUUCAAAAAAAUUUUAUCCAAUCCCUAUGAGCAAUGAUAAACUCAAAGAAUCUUUAGAGUGGUUAAUAAAAAAUGAGUAUAUUUGCAGAGAUUAAAAAGAGAAAUCAGUUUAUCUUUAUAAAUGA